AGUGUGCAGCAGGAUCAACAAAGGACAAAGAUGGACCACAACAUGCACGUGAAUGCGCCACUCCACCAUUGGGGCUAUGCGGCAGGUCCCGCUGUGGCCUUGCCAGCCACCAUAGCCACCAGCACGCCCCAGAGCCACUGGGUGCAGCCGCCGCAGAGCCAUCACAGCCACGGCCACAACAGUCUGAAGCGGGCGCUCUCCGAGAGCGACUGCGACGACCUCUACUCGGAGGAGUCCUCCAAAGAACAAAUCUCUCCCAGUCAGCCGGGUAGCUGCCAGCUCAUGAGCCGCAAGAAGCGUCGCGGAGUCAUCGAGAAGAAGCGGCGUGACCGCAUCAACUCCUCGCUCACCGAACUGAAGCGUCUGGUGCCCUCCGCCUACGAGAAGCAGGGAUCCGCCAAGCUGGAGAAGGCCGAAAUCCUCCAGCUCACGGUGGAGCAUCUCAAGAAUUUGCAGUCGAAAACAUUGGACUCGCUCAGCUAUGACCCGCAGCGCGUGGCCAUGGACUAUCACAUCAUCGGGUUCCGGGAGUGCGCCGCCGAGGUGGCCCGCUACUUGGUGACCAUCGAGGGCAUGGACAUCCAGGAUCCGCUGCGCCUGCGCCUCAUGUCCCACCUGCAGUACUUUGUGCAGCAGCGGGAGCUCUCGGCCAAGAGCUGUGCCAGUCCCAGUGGCUGGUCCGCCUCUGCUGCAAGUGCCGCUGGCUACCAGCCGACCGGCAGCUGUGCGGCCACUCCCUACCAGACAUAUGCCGCCGCUGGAAAUCCUGGAGGUGCCUAUGUCGCCAGCUCAUCUCUGCACAGUUACCCAACGUUGAGUGCAUCGCCCUCGCAGCAGCAACCACAGCAGCAGCAACAACAGCAGCAGCAGCAGCAGCAGCAACAUGGUGGACGGACCAGCGUGUCCAGGACGAGUGGAUCGGGUGGUGUCAUUGAGGCUCUGCCACCACAUGAGCUGCACUCCGACAGCAGCAGCCAGCAACAGCAGCAACAACAACAACAGCAGCAGCAGCAGCAGCAGCAGCAACAGCAACAACAACAGGUGCAACAUCAACAGCAACCUGCCACCCAUGUCCGGACCCAGACAACGCCUCAGCCGCCCCAGCAACAGCAGCAACAGCAGCAGCAGCAGCAACACUACACACACGAUCACACGGUUGUCCAUCCGGAGCAACAGAUUCCCACCUACAUCGAUCUGACCAACAGCCACCGACCUCCAGCCAGCGGCGAGAGUCUCAGCUACAGCACAGCUCCUCAGUAUCCGGUGAGCGGGGGGCAGGACUACAACAACGCCAGCGUCCUGCAAUAUGCCACGCCCAACGGCGCCAAGCCCUACCGACCCUGGGGAGCCGAGAUGGCCUAUUGA